GCGGCGGCGGCGGCGGCGGCGUCAGGAGGCUGCGGGCGCGCUCCUCCCCCUUCUGCCUUCCCUCCUGCUCCUCCUCCUGCUGCUCCUCGUCGUCGCCAGCUCGGCCCGAGCUGCGAGCGGCAAGAUGGCGGCGCCCAGGCCGCCGCCCGGCAGGCUGUCCGGCGUCAUGGUGCCCGCGCCCAUCCAGGACCUGGAGGCUCUCCGUGCGCUGACGGCGCUCUUCAAAGAGCAGCGGAAUCGAGAAACAGCACCCAGGACUAUUUUCCAAAGAGUCCUGGAUAUCUUAAAGAAAUCUUCUCAUGCAGUUGAGCUGGCCUGCAGAGACCCAUCCCAAGUGGAACAUCUGGCUUCCAGUCUGCAGUUAAUAACGGAGUGCUUCCGGUGUCUCCGGAAUGCUUGUAUUGAGUGUUCUGUGAACCAAAAUUCAAUCAGGAACUUGGAUACAAUUGGUGUUGCUGUUGAUUUGAUUCUUCUUUUUCGUGAACUUCGAGUGGAACAGGAAUCCCUGUUGACAGCUUUUCGCUGUGGUCUGCAGUUUUUAGGCAAUAUUGCCUCACGGAAUGAAGAUUCCCAGUCUAUUGUUUGGAUGCAUGCUUUCCCAGAACUCUUUUUGUCUUGCUUAAAUCAUCCAGACAAAAAAAUUGUUGCCUACUCAUCAAUGAUUUUGUUCACAUCCCUUAAUUCUGAAAGAAUGAAGGAGCUGGAAGAAAACCUCAAUAUUGCGAUUGAUGUCAUAGAAGCUCACCAGAAGCAGCCUGAAUCAGAAUGGCCGUUCUUGAUUAUUACAGACCAUUUUCUGAAAAGCCCGGAAUUGGUUAAAGUCAUGUUUGCCAAAAUGAGCAAUCAAGAAAGGGUUACGUUGUUAGACCUUAUGAUAGCCAAAAUAAUGGGUGAUGAGCCACUGAGCAAGGAUGAGAUCCCUGUGUUUUUGAGCCAUGCCGAGCUGAUUGCGAGCACUUUUGUGGAUCAGUGCAAGACUGUGCUGAAAUUGACCUCUGAGCAGCAUGCUGAGGAUGAGGAGGCGCUGACUACAAUUAGGCUUCUUGAUGUCCUUUGUGAAAUGACUGCUAAUACUGACCUGCUCGGCUAUCUACAGGUUUUUCCUGGCUUGCUGGAAAGAGUGAUUGAACUUUUACGAGUGAUUCAUGUAGCUGGCAGUGACACCAUAAACAUCUUCAGCACCUGUGCUUGCAUGAAAGCAGAAGGUGACAUCUCAAAUAUGGCUGAGGGCUUCAAGUCUCAUCUCAUUCGUCUGAUUGGAAAUCUGUGUUACAAGAAUAAAGAUAACCAAGACAAGGUGAACGAGCUGGAUGGCAUUGCCCUGAUCCUGGACAGCUGUAGCAUCGAUGACAAAAACCCCUUUCUAACCCAGUGGGUGGUGCUCGCCAUCCGAAACCUCACGGAGGACAAUAGCCAAAACCAAGACUUGAUUGCCAAGAUGGAGGAGCAGGGCCUGGCAGACGCGUCCCUGCUUAAAAAAGUGGGCUUCGAAGUUGAGAAGAGGGGCGACAAGCUGAUUCUGAAGUCCACUAGUGACACACCUCAGCUGUGAAUGAACUCUCCAUCCAAAACUCUGAAUUUUUGGAAUCUGUUUCAUGGAUUUUUCAUCUUCCGCAGUAUGUGAAUUUGCGAGUGUUUGAAGAUUUAUUAAGUACAAAUUCAAGAACCCGUGAAUCUUUUAGACAAUAGAGUUAAAUGCGUAUAAGCUUAAAAGUGAAAGUACAUGAGUAUUCUGUGGUUUCUUUGCUUUAAAAAUGUAAUUGUCUGGUUUGCUUUUGUCCCUGUGGAUACAAUGUGCGUUUAAGUGAUAUAUUGUACUUACUGUGGCCGCAGAUAAUAAAUUCCUCUUGUUGAGCGCAUGUCCCUUCCUUGGCAAAGGCUUGGAAGUUUGCUCGGGUCCGCUUGCUCCUCGGCAGGUCGGCCUCCUUCCCUUCAUUGUCUCUUCCCGUGGGGUUUUCUGGGCUGUGGCAGGCAGCUGAAGUAGUUUCUCACUGUGAUUAAUUCUAGCAAUCUCUUUUCACCCCUUCUGCCUUUCCAAAACAUUGACAAGACUCAUUUCCAGUUAAUUAAUUCGAGAGAUGCUGAAGAAUAGAGGGCUGUCCCUCUUCACUUCAGGUCCUGGGCUGUGUUGUCACCGAGCCCUGUCCCUUUGGAAUGUGGCGGCAGUGAGCGGGUGAGGGAAUGUGGGGGCCGUUAACUCUUCCCUUCCCAGAUCACCCUAGACUUGGGCUUCUCCAGACCCGUGACGUUUACCAGCCAUGCCUGCAUCUUACCCACUGUUAAGGCUGUAAGUGGGAAGGCAUAGUUCAUGGUCGUCUCUGUGUGCCGGGCCACAGUGUUAAACGCUCGUCCGUGGCUUCCUCAGUUUAAAAAGCCCCAGUCUUGGAAAGGCGCACCACUCGGUUUGGGCCAGGGCUUCACUGGAAUUGCGAGAGUAGCUUUGAAGAGGUGGGAGGUUAAUUGACCUGUGUCUGUCUGUCUGUCUGUACCUCUCUCUGUAUAGACACACACUCAGAGGUAGAACUGGAUUAAGUGAGCACUAAAAUCUUUGUAACCACCCAGAUCAUUAAUAUAAUCCACAAAAACUCUCAUGGGAGGUCCUGUUGCAGACGCUUAAAACAUGUUAUCUUCUUGAGCAGCCAUGUUACUAAACUAAAAUAUCUUGUGAGGUUUUGCACAAUUUCUGUUGAACCUUCCAAAAUGAAAACAACAAAGACCCAACCAGAAGUUCUACAGAAAUACCAACUGUUCCAAAGUAAAGUGCUCCUAAGUUUCUGUAGCCAUACUUAAAUUGCUUUGUAAAAAACAGCUUUAAGCAUGUUAAGAACAAAAUAAAAGGUUUCCCAUGUGUGA